AUGGCCGAUCGUCUCGUAGGCCUCAGCAUGCUCGUCGCAGCGACUGCCAUCUUCGUCUACUACACCGUCUGGACUCUGUUCAUGCCCUUUGUAGACGACGACCACAUCCUCCACUCCCUCUUCCUCCCACGCGUCUGGGCCAUCCGCAUCCCCGUCAUCCUCCUCAUCCUGGGCACUACGGUCGUCGGCAGCUUCCUCUCAGUGGUCAUGAUCAGGAGCAAUCGGAAGAAGGCACUCAAGGCCAAGCAGAAGAAGGCCUCAUAA